CGCUCCGCAGGGGCUGCGCGGCCAGGCCGGCUAUGGUCCGGGGGCUCCCGUCGCCCCCGAGGUGCCCGGGCCCCUCCAGGCCGGUGCGCGAGGGUCACCCCACCGCCCGGCGCGGCCCCGGCCCGCGGCUCCCGGCAGCCGGCGCCCGCUGACCGAGCCUGGCGCCCCAGGAGGGGGAAGAAAUAAAGAGCCCCAGUUCUUCCUGAGGACUGUUGGCGCUUCAUCCCACAACCGAGAGGGCUCAGCUCCCUCGCGCACCCGCCCGGCCCGGGUCCUCCCGGCUCGUCCCGGCCAUGGGGAGCUGCGCGCGGCUGCUGCUGCUAUGGGGCUGCUCGGCGGUGGCCGCAGGACUGAGUGGAGUAGUUGGAGUGAGUUCCCGCUGUGAAAAAGCCUGCAACCCUCGGAUGGGGAACUUGGCUUUAGGGAGAAAACUCUGGGCAGACACCACCUGUGGUCAGAACGCCACCGAACUGUACUGCUCCUAUAGUGAGAAUGCUGAUCUGACUUGUCGGCAGCCCAAAUGUGACAAAUGCCAUGCUGCCCAGCCUCACCUGGCUCACCUGCCUGCCGCCAUGGCGGACUCAUCCUUCAGGUUUCCUCGCACGUGGUGGCAGUCUGCUGAGGAUGUGCACAGAGAAAAGAUCCAGUUAGACCUGGAAGCUGAAUUCUACUUCACUCAUCUAAUUAUGGUGUUCAAGUCCCCCAGGCCAGCAGCCAUGGUGCUGGACCGGUCCCAGGACUUUGGGAAGACAUGGAAGCCUUACAAGUACUUUGCAACUAACUGCUCAGCUACGUUUGGCCUGGAAGAUGAUGUCAUCAAGAAGGGAGCUAUUUGCACUUCGAGAUACUCCAAUCCUUUUCCAUGCACUGGAGGAGAGGUUAUUUUCCGAGCUUUGUCACCGCCAUACGAUGCAGAGAACCCUUACAGUGCCAAAGUGCAGGAGCAGCUGAAGAUCACCAACCUCCGCGUGCAGCUGCUAAAACGGCAGUCUUGUCCCUGUCAGAGAAAUGACCUGACUUCAAAGCCUCAACAUUUUACACAUUAUGCAAUCUAUGAUUUCAUUGUCAAGGGCAGCUGCUUCUGCAACGGCCAUGCUGAUCAAUGCGUACCUGUUGAUGGCUUCAGACCGGUCAAGGCCCCAGGAGCAUUCCACGUGGUCCAUGGAAAGUGUAUGUGUAAGCACAACACAGCAGGUACCCACUGCCAACACUGUGCACCAUUAUACAACGACCGCCCCUGGGAAGCAGCUGAUGGCAAAACAGGAUCUCCUAAAGAGUGCAGAACCUGCAAGUGCAAUGGGCAUGCUGAUGCCUGUCACUUUGACAUUAAUGUGUGGGAGGCAUCAGGUAAUCGCAGUGGUGGUGUCUGUAAUGACUGUCAGCACAACACAGAAGGUCAGCAUUGCCAACGAUGUAAGCCAGGCUUCUACCGGGACCUCCGGAGACCCUUCUCUGCUCCAGAUGCUUGCAAAAUGUGUUCCUGUCAUCCAGUUGGAUCAGCUGUCCUUCCUUUCAACUCGGUGACCUUCUGUGACCCCAGCAAUGGUGACUGCCCUUGCAAGCCUGGGGUGGCAGGGCCACAUUGUGACAGGUGUAUGGUGGGGUACUGGGGCUUUGGAGACUACGGCUGCAGGCCCUGUGACUGCGCAGGGAGCUGUGACCCCCUCACAGGAGACUGCAUCAGCAGUAGCACAGACAUAGACUGGUAUCAAGAAAUUCCUGACUUCCAUUCCAUGCACAAUAAAAGCGAGCCAGCCUGGGAGUGGGAGGAUGAGCAAGGAUUUUCUGCACUUCGACACUCAGGUAAAUGUGAAUGUAAAGAACAGGUGUUAGGAAACUCCAAGGCAUUCUGUGGAAUGAAAUAUUCAUAUGUGCUAAAAAUAAAGAUUUUAUCAGCUCACGACAAAGGGUCUCAUGCUGAGGUCAAUGUGAAGAUAAAAAAAGUCUUAAAAUCUACCAAAUUGAAAAUUUUACGAGGAAAACGAACAUUAUAUCCAGAAUCGUGGACUAACAGAGGCUGCACUUGUCCAAUCCUCAAUCCUGGUUUGGAGUACCUUGUGGCAGGACAUGAAGAUGUAAGAACAGGCAAACUAGUCGUGAAUAUGAAAAGUUUUGUCCAGCACUGGAAGCCAGCCCUUGGAAGAAAAGUCAUGGAUAUUUUAAAAAGAAAGUGCAAGUAGCAACAAAGGUAUAUAGCACAUAAUGACACUUCUCUAUGUAGAAAACACAAGCUUAAUGGAAAGGAGACCUCAAAAACAAAACUGGAAUUUUUUAAGUGCCAAAAUAUAUAGAAAUAUUCCAAUGCAUGGGCCUAGUCUAACCUGUCUCUUUGGGGGCCAUGUUUAAAUACAGUUUGUUUUAUAAAGACAAAUGAAAAAUCCUACACUGAUAACUGCCUCCUAUGGGACUGAUUCUGUAAUUCAUAACUAUUCAGAGUAUUUUUAAUAGCAGUAUGAUAUUUAGCAGUAAUGCAUUAAGAGGAGUACAUCUAACAAGGACUCCUUCCAGCUUCAGAUAUGUUACUUCUAUUUGUGCUACUUAAAGUAAUUAAGGAGAUUUUAAGGACUCCCCAACCCUACUAUCAAAAAAAGGUUUUUCUUAAAAAAGAGCCUGCCUUUGUGUGAUGUGUGUGAACUUUGGUCUAUGGAGUGUUAAAUGGAAUCUCUCCACAUGUAUAUACUAUUUCCUUGUAUAAAGCACUUUACUACCUACCACUUGUGUUGGGAAAGUUGGAAGACCAUGGUUGACAGAAAGAAAAAUAAAGGGCGUGUAAGAAAACCUACUGAAACAGAAGCACUGUCACUACGUGUGGACAAAAGGAAGUUGUACGUGUUAGCUCUGAACACUUGGAAAAAACCCAAAAGGAGAACAUGUUUGCAUAUGAAGUCUCAGCUUCAGGCUAGAGGUUAGAUUCCACAGAUACCAGCCAUGAUGAAAAAUUUUUUUAAAAACUAAACAAAAUGAGACUUUAAAAUAAGAGGAAGAAGAAAUCUUAAGAGUAGAAAUAUGCUUGGAUGAAAAGGAAAUGGACUUUAAAUUUUUAAAAGCUCAUUUAUUUGCAAUGCACUUGUAUACACGGCAGAAAUUAUUGUAGACACAGAAUUUGUUUUAUUUUUCUGUUUAGUAUUUAAACCUGAAUGUUGGAACAGUUUCCUCCUUAUCUUUAUUAACACUAUAUGGCCAUUAUACUUACUCAUUUUUUUGACACAGUGUAUGUGAUAGUUCACCAAACUACAGUUUUCAUUAUUACUCAUAUUCUGUACCCAAGCACAACCACAAUACAUACAGUUUCUUCUGUACUUGAAUAUACAAAACAUAAACCACAGUGUCAUAAGAUUAACUUCACAUACAGAACAUAUUUUUUUUCCUGAGGUC